CUAAGUCCCAAUCACAAACGUUCCGACAAAUGCAUAUAUAUUAAUCUAUUCGCUACAUGGGUAUAGGUCUCUUCCUUCAGUUUACCAGCUGCUGGAAGAAUUUUUACUUUUUUAGCGAUAACCUCAUUACCCGAACAGUUCAUGAUAUGAUUCAGCAAAAAAGCUGCUCCGUGCGGUGGCAGCAGUCCAUUCUUGAAAGAGCGUCGCCAUGGAGGCCGUGAAUCAACAAACGAUACAGGUCGGAGAAGGGGAGACUGUACCAUCGGGAGGAACUCUACUGAGACGCUGAUGCCGGACCGAACAGGAGAAUAUCAUUGAGUGAUUUCUGUGUUUAUGGGAAAUAUGACGUUCUGUUAGUAGCACAUAAGCUAUAAGAGGUGCUUACUGUGUGAGCUAUCUGCUCCAUCGACACUUGUAACUAAAGCUAUGAGGUUCUUCAACGACUAACCAUAGUCGAACGCGACUCCUGGCAAUAAAGUUACAGUAUCUUAAAAUGAUGUUUGUGUAAUCAUUAACGGGAAGAUGUGUUGGUGCUGAAGACUAUUGAAAUAUACCGAAGUGAGAAUGAGCAACUAUAACCAAAUGAAAACUACAUGCGAAGUCAUUGUCAAUAAAGACAAUUGACUGCAAGAAAGUUGAUAUCUAUUCGCCCAAAAACUUGUCACAUUAGAAACUGGAUAAACCCGAGGAAACGGUGUUCCCGGCCAUGGCCAGCUGGCUAAUGUGAUGGCAGAACUCCACUUAAUCGGGCAGUUGCAUUCGCUUGAACUUCAUGAGCCAGAAGCUUCUCUUGUUGGAACUCUGGGCACGUCAGGAUUUUACUGCGUAUACCGUUUGGCUCUUAGCGAGGGUUGGACCCAUCUUGAAGGAAGCUUUUCGGGUCGAACACAGACGACAAAAGAUAGACUUGAACCACAUGCUAUCUGGAAUUUUCCUCUGGAUACACAUCUUAUUACUAAAACUUUUCAAAAUUGGCCUCGCGUCGUGUUCGAGGUCUGGCGCACGGAUGUACUGAACCGUUCGGAAAUUCUUGGCUACGGCACGAUCCAUCUGCCGAGUCGUGCUGGAAGGCACCAUCUUGCUGUUCCCCUAUGGAGACCUCUGGGCUGUAACCUAGAGGAAAUUCAAAGAAACUUUUUGGGCGGAGGUUACCAGUUGACCAGUUUUGACUCGUUAGCCGCAGGAACAGAACGGUACAAAUUGCAGACAACAGGCGUUGGCUACUUGUUUCUAGACGUCAAUUUGAUUCUUCGAAAUCUGGCUAAAUUCGGAGUCCGCACUAGCUGAAAACAGCUUCUUCA